CUGCUGAUCCAGGCCAUGCACGACCUACCCCCUGACUCAGGCACGCGGCGGAGCGGCGGGGGGUUGGCGGAUCGCGGUUGCCUCGCGGGAGCCGGGGCUCCUGGCCAGCUACCUUUCCCCCGCGACGCUGCGGACUGCAGAGCCUGCCCCGGAGAUUGGGAGUUGGGAGGCGGCGACUGCCCUCCGCAGCAGGUGUCCCCGCCCUGGUCGCCUCCGAGGGAGCCUGAGGGAGUCCGGCCUCGGACUCCUCGAAUGAGGCUGUCCUGCAGCAGAAGCCUUGAGAGCCUCCGGGUGGGCUCCAAGCCUCUUCCUUUACAGCGGUGGCCGAGCGACAGCUGGAUCAGGUGCGGCGAGCGCGGGGACCCAGACGAGUCCCCGCCACGUGGAGGCAGGAUGGAAGGCUGGAGCGGGGGCAGCGCCCGGGCCGCAGCAUCCGCUGGCCUCUUGUCUCCGGGCUCCAAGGACCUCGGCAGCUCCUCGAGAAGUCCUUUCAGGCAUCCUGCGGGGCCCUCUGUGAUCCGCAGGGGUCAAGAAGACCGCCAGGAGGGCUCCCCCACCCUGAAGCCGUCCACAGUCACAGUCAAGAAGCUGCAGAAGUGGAUGUACAAAGGUCGCCUGCUGUCCCUGGGAAUGAAGGGUCGCGUUCGUGGGACACCUUCUAAAGUCCCGGUGGCGCAGGCUACUUCUCCUAACCUGGGCACUUUGAAAGUGCAUGAAAACCCCAUCCUCUCGGUGCCUCCCGAUCAAAGAAUUACAUUGACAGAUUUAUUUGAAAAUGUCUAUGGGUCUUCAAUGAAGAGAAGAGAAUCUGAAGAUCUGAAGGAUAAUAUUGAAUUCAGAGGUCAUAAGUCACUUAACAGUAUCACUGUUUCAAAAAAACGAAAUUGGUUAUAUCAAAGUCCUMUGAGAUCUUUUAAUCUGGAAGAAGAAAAUAGGAAAUGCCAAGAUUGGAGUCAUUUAUCUAUCUCACCUGUAUCUCUUCCUAAACAUCAGCUAUCACAUCCUUUCCUCAAAUCAUCUGAAGAAUACUGUACAUAUAUGGUGUGUAAUGCUACAAACUCAUCAUUAUCAAGAAACUGCUCUUCAGAUUUUAAUGAGGAAAAUGAUGCAGAUGAUGAAGGAGAAAUAUGGUACAAUCCCAUUCCUGAGGAUGAUGACCUUGGGGUAUCAAGUGCCUUGAGUUUCCAUGAGCCAAACCCUGCUCUUCUGAAGUUUCCUGCUGUCAGUUUGAGCAUAUUGUCUAGGAGUGACCCUACAAAAGCAGAGCAGCCCACUGAAGAUCCAUUGUGCUCUUCUGAACACAAAGGUGAUACUCAGACCACUCAGUCAAAUGAAGUGAAUCCUAUAGAUUCCAUCCAUUCCACAGAAUGUAUGCAGCAGUACACGCAAAGGUUAAGACACAAGACACAAGAAGGUUUAAUGGUGGAGGAUAGUCCGACAUUGAAAUCUCCUUUUGCAGGUCCUGGAAUCUUAGCUGCUACAAGUAGGACUGAAUUGGGAGUUAUGGAACCAUCCUCUCCAAGCCCUAGCCCUGUGAAAAAAGGCAGUUCAAUUAAUUGGUCUUUACCAGAUAAAAUAAAAUCUCCACGAACUGUGAGGAAACUUUCCAUGAAAAUGAAAAGAUUGCCAGAAUUUAGCCGAAAGCUAGGUGUUAAGGGAACCCUGAAUUAUGUAAACAGUYCAGAUAAUUCUCCUUCCUUGUCUAAAUAUAACUGUCGAGAAAUUCAUCAUACUGUUAUUUUACCUUCUGGAAACACUACCACAGCUGCCAAGAGGAAUGUCAUAAGCCGGUACCAUCUUGAUACCACUGUAUCUUCUCAGCACAGCUACCAGAAGAAAAUCUCCAUGAGUUUGAAGUAUUCCUGCAAAGGUGGUUACCUCAGUGAUGGAGACUCACCUGAACUUAUAACUAAAUCUAGCAAACAUGGAUCUGAAAGCAAAUUUGGAAAAGGAAAAGAAAUAAUUCCAAACAGUUGUAGUAAAAAUGAAAUAGACAUAGAUGCUUUUAGACAUUAUAACUUUUCUGAUCAACCCAAGUGUUCACAGUACAUAUCUGGGCUCAUGAGUGUGCAUUUCUAUGGUGCUGAGGAUUUAAAACCACCACGGAUAGAUUCAAAAGAUGUCUUUUGUGCAAUUCAGGUAGAUUCAGUAAACAAAGCAAGAACAGCUUUGCUCACAUGUCGAACCACAUUUUUAGACAUGGAUCACACUUUCAAUAUAGAAAUUGAAAAUGCACAACAUUUAAAACUAGUAGUAUUUAGUUGGGAACCCACUCCAAGAAAAAAUAGAGUGUGCUGUCAUGGAACUGUUGUUCUUCCCACCUUAUUCAGAGUGACAAAGACACAUCAAUUGGCUGUCAAACUUGAACCUAGAGGUCUUAUCUAUGUGAAAAUGACUCUUAUGGAACAGUGGGAAAAUUCUCUUCAUGGACUAGAUAAAAAUCGAGAAUCGGUAAUAUUUGGUGUUGACAUUCARAAAGUUGUAGAAAAAGAAAAUGUAGGAUUGAUGGUGCCACUCCUGAUACAGAAAUGUAUUAUGGAAAUUGAAAAGAGAGGCUGUCAGGUAGUAGGCCUGUAUCGAUUAUGUGGUUCAGCAGCAGUCAAGAAAGAACUUCGAGAGGCUUUUGAGAGGGAUAGCAAAGCUGUUGUUCUAUGUGAAAACCAGUACCCAGAUAUAAAUGUAAUAACAGGUGUUCUCAAGGAUUAUUUAAGAGAACUUCCCUCUCCUCUGAUAACAAAGCAGCUUUAUGAGGCUGUAUUAGUUGCAAUGGUAAAAAGUCCUUUGAAAAUGUCAUCAAAUGGUUGUGAAAAUGACCCAGGUGAUUCUAAGUUCACUGUUGACCUGUUGAAUUGUCUGCCAGGUGUUGAGAAGGCAACCCUAAAGAUGUUGUUGGAUCAUUUGAAAUUGGUAGCUUCUCAUCAUGAAGUAAAUAAGAUGACCUGCCAGAAUUUGGCAGUGUGCUUCGGACCAGUAUUAUUAAGUCAGAGGCAAGAGACUUCCACCCAUAACAACAGAGUCUUUACUGAUUCAGAAGAACUUGCAAGUGCUUUGAAUUUUAAAAAACAUAUUGAAGUUCUUCAUUAUUUACUCCAACUCUGGCCAGUGCAACGUUUAGCUGUCAGAGAAUCAACAGACAGUAUGUUCCCAGAGCAGUUGUCCUCUCUGAAUUAUUUGAGGCGGAAGAAAGAACGACCUCACAUGUUAAAUUUGAAUAGUAUUGAUUCAUCAGGAGUACUUAGACCAAGGCAGACCAGAUUAGACAGUCCACUUAGCAAUCGUUACGCAGGAGUCUGGAGCAGCUGUGGAGAAAACUACUCUUUAAAUACAAAAGAAAAUUUAAAUGAUGUGGAUUAUGAUGAUGUACCUUCAGAAGACAGAGAAAAUGGAGAAGAUUAUAGCAAAAUGAAUGGGCCAGAAAUAAUGAUUGAACAGCCACUUCCUAUGUCCAAAGAGUGCGCAUUCCAGACAUACUUGACAAUGCAGACAAUUGAGUCUACAGUGGAUCGAAAAGUUAAUCUCAAAGAUCUACAAGAAAGCAUUGAUACUUUGAUUGGCAAUCUGGAGCGUGAGCUCAACAAAAACAAGCUUAAUAUGAGUGUUUAA